GAUCGGGAAGAUUGGACUCGCAGAAAUAAAAACAUAAUACAAUCGAAAUGGUCCGAGCUCGCAUGACCUCUAUCUCAAAUUCUCCUCCGCCGCUCCACCCACUGUCUCCGAAGAACUCCAUAUUUCUUCAUGAGGGGAGCCGAUCUGAUUAACACGAAGCUCCCGGCGGAUAUUGUCGCCUGCAUCUUCCUCCGCCUCGCCGGCUCCAAAUCCGACUGCGAUGCAUUCUCUCUUGUGUGCAGCCGGUGGCUCGCCAUCGAUCGCAGCUUCCGCGCAACAAUCCGGAUCGGCGGCUCUGGUCGCGCUGACGAGGUCGUUUCCCUGCUCGUCCGCCGUUUUUCCGGCCUCCGCAAUGUCUGCAUCGAUGAGCGACUUCCCGUGUCUUCCGUGCACCAAAUUCUUCCCUAUCCCUCGCGCCCUCGUUCGAAAAGGAGACGUCUCAAUUCAUCUUCAGGUGACCAUCAUCUCAUAAAGAGUAGUGUGGCUGGAGAGAGUGAGUAUGAGCAGUUCUGUCUUACUGAUGUCGGCUUGUCUUCUCUUGCCAAUGGUUGUAAGGCACUCCAAAAUCUAUGCCUAAUAUGGUGUCCAAAUCUCACAUCAUCAGGAUUGAAUAGUAUAGCUGAGAAUUGCAAGUUUCUAAAAUCCCUUGAUCUACAGGGUUGCUAUAUUGGAGAUCAAGGUCUUAUCGCUAUUGGCCAAAAUUGUAAACUUCAAGAUUUGAAUUUGAAAUUUUGUGAAGGUUUAACGGAUACAGGCUUGGUUGGUUUGGCCCGGCAUUGUGGGAGAUCAUUGAAGUCUCUUGGCAUUGCAGCUUGUGCUUGGAUUACUGAUGUCACCUUGGAGGCUGUAGCAUUCCACUGCUCCAGCCUUGAGACGUUGUCUCUGGACUCAGAAUUAGUAAUGAAUAAGGGUUUAAUAUCAGUUGCCCAGGGUUGCAGAGCUUUGAAGGGUUUGAAGUUGCAGUGUAUUAACAUUACGGACGAAGCUUUGGAAGCUGUUGGUUCUUUUUGUUCAUCAUUAGAAUUGCUGGCUUUGUAUAGUUUCCAAAGAUUUACAGACAGAGGCCUGUCUGCUGUUGGUAAUGGGUGCAAGAACUUAAGAGAUCUUACUCUUAGCGACUGCUAUUACAUCAGUGAUAUAAGUCUUGAAUCAGUUGCCCGUGGCUGUCCCAAAUUAAAACGCUUGGAAAUCAAUGGCUGCCACCACAUUGAAACAUUUGGUGUGGAGAACAUCGGAAAAUCUUGCCCAGAACUUCUGGACUUGGCACUGUUGUACUGUCCAAGGAUCAGGAAUAGUGCGCUUCACGAGAUUAGCAAAGGCUGCUUACAUUUGCAGGCUCUUGACUUAGUGGAUUGUUCAAAUAUAGAUGAUGAAGCUCUCUGUAGUAUAGCUAAAGGUUGCAGAAAUCUAAAGAAACUUCAUAUUCGCCGUUGCUAUCAGGUUGGAGAUCACGGUGUUAUCUCUGUUGGUGAAAAUUGCUUAUCUUUGACUGACUUGAGCCUUCGUUUUUGUGAUAGGGUUGGUGACGAGGCACUUAUUGCCAUUGGCCAGGGUUGCCCCCUCCAAAAUUUGAAUGUAAGCGGAUGCCAUCAAAUUACAAAUGCUGGGAUUACUGCUAUUGCCAGGGGCUGCCCAGGGCUCAUUUGUCUUGAUAUAAGCGUUCUCCAGAACUUGAAGGACAUUGCGCUUGCCGAGCUAGGUGAAGGGUGCCCAAUUCUUAAAGAGAUUGUGUUAUCGCACUGUCGGCAGAUAACUGAUGCAGGUUUAGCUCACUUGGUGAAAGGAUGCACUAGACUUGAAACCUGCCACAUGGUUUACUGCCCAUCUGUAACAUCUUCAGGCAUAGCAACUGUAAUUUCCAGCUGCCCUAGCCUGAAGAAGCUUCUUGUAGAGAAGGGGAAGGUCAGUGAAAGAUCCAAGAGAAGAGCAUCCAGUAUCCUCUCAUAUCUUUGCGUCGACUUAUGAUUGACCUUUGAUUAGCUCUAUUACUCUCCAUGCAAGAUGACUUGAAGGUGUACAGAUUGUUUUGAUGGGAUCUUUCAGUCCAAGAUUUAGGGUUUCCAUGGUCGAAAUUGGCUUGCAUCUUUUCUUGUUUCUUUUAUGAGUUGGCUGCCUAUGCGCAUCUGUCCCGUGUGAUUGUUCACAUUGGAGAACAUACACUGUCUGGGUCGGCGAUUCGUUACGCAUUUUGCGAGAUGAAUGAAUCUUUGUGUAUACCUGAUUUGGAACAUUAUCGUUCCAUAGUUUUACCUCAGAUUGAUCCUUAUCGCGACUCCUGUAACAAAUCCAUGUGCUGGUAGACUUUCUCAGUGAGGAUCCAAGCGAAGCGCUGAUAGGAAUGCAGAGUCCAUGUUCUUUGCAGCUUUCAUGGGUAAUUGUCAUUUAUCUCACCUAAAAUUAGCUACCAUAGAGGAUCCUAAGGUUUGGCAAAAUAUGGAAUGCCUAUCUUCCCAUUCAACUUUCAUUGAUUUAAUAUCAAAAUGACUCUUUUUCACUUGCCUACUUGUUUUAGUGAUUUUAGUACUGUCAGUGAUGUAUUUCUCAUAUUGGAAUAUCAGCUAUUCUGUUAUAUUA